AUGCCGAGGGAGUUUUUUGCUACUAAAGCUUGGCGUGGCCGAUUAGUUCCGCCGUUGAUUGACGACGACGACCUUUGCGACGAGAGUAUCACCAACGUCAUUGUCAGCUCGCCUUCUACCCCUACGAAAGGAAGAUAUACAGAAUUCCCACUCCAUUACGCUACGCAAGACGCUAUAUCCAGGAUGUUGGCACAGAGAACGAUUCAGCAAUCGCUGCGAAGAGGUAGGCGCCCCAGCUCAAGCCUGAAGAAAUGUGGGACGGCAUAUAGCAGACUUGGCGACUAUACGAGGGGCAGACGAUCACAGAAGCAACGAGGGUAUAUAUGAGUAUGUAUGAGGAUAUAUGCUAACGUACUGGGCGAUAGUAGCAGCAGGUGGUUAUGGUUCCUCACAACAGCUUGCCCUUUCAAAAUUCGCCAUCGCACCUCUAUCAAUCUCCAAGAUUCAGAAUCGGUACGCCCCCCCAUAUCACACCCCCCUCUGCGCUAUACAUAACUAACCCCCCUUCAAGCCAUGCAGCAACAUCUCCUGGCCUCACACCCGCCGACUCAUAUAAGAUCCUAGUAGAGCAACGAAAAAACCGGCCCGUAUCCCCACAUCUCGCCAUCUACCAACCACAAAUCCCAUGGAUCCUAUCGAUUACACAUCGUAUAACUGGUAGUAUUCUCAGCGGUGGAUUCUACAUCUUCGGAAGCGCGUACUUGGUUGCGCCAGUGUUAGGAUGGGACUUGAGUUCAGCGGCGAUGGCUGCUUCAUUUGGGGCUUGGUGAGUUCCUAUACGUUUAUAUCCCUUGGACUGGCAUUAAUUAGAACAGGCCCCUCUUAGCAAAAGUAUGCGCCAAGUUUCUCGUCGCGUUGCCAUUUACUUUCCACUCCUUCAACGGGAUCAGACAUUUGGCUUGGGAUUCUGCUGUGGGAUUCGGCAAACUGACUGUUAUCAAGACUGGAUGGGCUUGUGUUGGUGUCAGUCUUGUUUCUGCUCUGGGAUUGGCUUUCUUCGUUUAGAGACAGCUUUGGGGUAUGAAUGGGUGGAAAUUGUAUUAUUCAUAGGGAUGGAGAGGGCAUGGGUUGCGGCAAC